AUGAGCCCAAAGACUUCAUCACCAUCUCCGAAUAACCCUUCACAACCGAAUAAGUUGAUGAUGCUUUCUCCCAACUCUAAUACUACAACCUUAUCAAAUAAUCUUAAUUCAUCCAAUGUUUAUAUUAAUAAUAACAACAACACCAGUCAUAGCAACACGAACUCUGAUUAUUCAUCUUCUUAUGAAGGAGAAGAUGAUGAUUCUCAGCCACUUCAUUACGAUGAAGAAAUUGAAGAUGAUGGAAAACUCAUCGAUUCACCCACAACAAUACAGUCAUCUUCAACAACAGAAAAGAAAUUAUCUCCAGUGCAGAGCUCUUCGUCCUUGUUAAUUACACAAGAUUGCAAAGCUCCUCGUAGAUGCAUCUCGUACAAUUUACUUCCUUCGCAAGGGUCCUCUCAUCAUUUAAAACCAAAUAUUAAUCACACGGAAGCCAAAACGUCGAAGCAGGAGCAAAUAAGGCAUGUUUCUUCUUCCUCCACGAUGGUAAGCCUUUGCAUUGAGGGUCCGAGUGAACAAACAACAGGCCUUUCUUCUGAUAACAAAGCAUUACAACAAUCAUCAAGAUUAUUAACUCCAAGCUUGAACCAUCAUAAGUAUCCCUUCCUUUCAAAAUCAACGUCAUCCUCGAAUUUACUAACUCCUCCUCCACCGCUUUCGAGAAGAAAUUCAAUGUACUCUGUAACAUCUGGACGAUCCAGAGUUUCAUCUGGACAUUUGGGAAGUCUUGUGUCAUCUCCUCGGCUUGUGAAUACCUUCCAAAAAAUUACCGAACAACGAAAAACCCUCAAGAACGAUCCAACAUUUGACAAUCAUUUGUUUGAGUAUGAAUCGAGUUUAAUUUCAGAUGACAAGAUCAACCUGAAACCUUAUGUCUAUUCAAAGGAUGGAGAAAGUGAUCAAGAAGAAACACAACCAGAAGAACAGCUUGGGCAAUUAGGAAAGGAAUAUGCAACGGGAAUGGAUCCUAAAUCUGUCAUGUUGUUGUGUGACUUGAAAAGAAAUGGUAAAAAGAUUGGAAUUCUCUUAGAUGACAUGGAGAGAAAGAAUGGCGAUAAAUUCCACAACAAGGAAAAUAAUCGUUCUUCGGACCAGCACGACACGAGUAUUAAAAGUAAGGUGGAAAGGACCAUGCAGAUGAUUAAACAUUCGCUCGAGCAGUUGAAUAAUGGAAAAUCCAAAACCAAAAAAUCUACCAAUAAGGACAUUCAAUAG